AAUCCUCAAGCCGUACAUCCAGCCGUUCAGGGUCGCGCGCCAACUCCCCUACUCCGACGAACUCCACCUUCGGGGAAGGAUCUCGUCGCGGACCGAGAGGACCGAGGGACUCGAUACAUAAUCGUGCUUUGCCCCGGCCGCCUUCUAUCAACUCGGUACAUGGGCCCUCUGGCCCGCCCGUGGCUAGCGCGGCCAGCAUGACCAGCAUGAUCAGCGCGAAUAGCCCUAAUGGGAAAGGCAAGGCCUUGCAGUAUGGUGAAUCUGGACAAUUUGACGAUCCGGAUAUUGACGUCUCCGUUUCUCCGCCCUUGUAUUCCGGUACAGAGGGCGAGUUUGGGCAAAUCGCAGAGCUGCUCAAGAAUAAGCCCCUGCCACUAGUACUCGAUCGGUCUACCACACCUGUACCGCCCGAACCCCCACACCCGGAAGACGUCCCGCUCGCCGAAGCGGUCGAAGUGGUGCGUAAGGCGACGCGUGCUGCUAAAGGCAAGAGGAACGCGCCCAUGUCCGCCCAGCGGAAGAAGACGAUCUUAGACCGUGCUAAGCCCCUCAACCUCGAUGACCAGGGGUUCAUCCUCGACCCUAGGGAGACGGAGGCGCUUAUGCAGUACGACGACUUGAUUACCCGUGAGCUGAUUAACCGGUUGCAGUCCCGUAGGGAUACGUUCGAGACGCGUGAGGAGUGGCAGAAGAUGCAUGUCAAGGUCACGAAUAAGGAGCUUGAGACGGCUGUUAGGAAGCUUCAUCCGGCGCUUAAGAAACUUAUUUUCCUCUCCGAGCCGUGGCCUACGGGGAAGAUGAACCCACAGGGGUGGGAAGUGGAUCCAAAGAUCUACAGGCAGCCUGGGAUUGCACCUGCUCCCCGCGUUGCCAUCACCCCGGCGCAACGCUGAUUUUCUGUUCUUUUAUCUGGUUGUCCAGUAUGUUGAUAUGUGCUCCAAUUGUUUCCUCGUUUUGUAUCC